CCUCUGCACCCUCAACUGCUGCAGCGUCAAUGUCUACAACGUUUGCACCCUCAACUGCUGCCACAUCAAUUUCCACAACCUCUGCACCCUCAACUGCUGCGGAAUCAAUGUCAACAACAUCUGCACCCUCAACUGCUGCUGAAACAAUAACCACAACCUCGGCACCCUCAACUGCUGCUGCAUCGAUGUUCACAACCUCUGAAUCUACAACUGCUGGCGCAUCAAUGUCCACAACCUCUGCACCCUCAACUGCUGCCGCAUCAAUGUCCACAACCUCUUCAGCCUCAACUGCUGCCGCAUCAAUGUCCGCACCCUCUGCACCCUCAACUGCGACUGAAUCAAUGUCCACAACCCCAGAAUCUACAACUGCUGCCGCAUCAAUGUCCACAACCCCUGCACCCUCAACUGCUGCUGAAUCAAUGUCCACAACCCCAGAAUCUACAACUGCUGCCGCAUCAAUGUCCACAACCUCCGCACCCUCAACUGCUGCUGAAUCAAUGACCACAACCUCUGCACCCUCAACUGCUGCUGAAUCACUGACCAUAACCUCUGUAUCUACAACUGCUGCCACAUCAAUGUCAACAACCUCUGCACCCUCAACUGCUGCAGCGUCAAUGUCCACAACCUCUGCACCCUCAACUGCAGCCGCAUCAAUGUCAACAACCUCUGCACCCUCAACUGCUGCCGAAUCAAUGUCCACAACCUCUGCAGCCUCAACUGCUGCAGCGUCAAUUUCCACAACCUCUGCACCCUCAACUGCGGCCGCAUUAAUGUCAACAACCUCUGCACCCUCAACUGCUGCCGAAUCAAUGACCACAACCUCUGAAUCUACAACUGCUGCCGCAUCAAUGUCCACGACCCCAGAAUCUACAACUGCUGCUGCAUCAAUGUCCACAACCUCUGCACCCUCAACUGCUGCCACAUCAAUGUCCACAACCUCCGCACCCUUAACUGCUGCCACAUCAAUGUCCACAACCCCUGCACCCUCAACUGCUGCUGAAUCAAUGUCCACAACCUCUGCACCCUCAACUGCUGCCUCAUCAAUGACCACAACCUCUGCACCCUCAACUGCUGCUGAAUCAAUGACCACAACCUCUGCACCCUCAACUGCUGCUGAAUCAAUGUCCACAACCUCUGCACCCUCAACUGCUGUUGAACCAAUGUCCACAACUUCUGUACCCUCAACUGCUGCCGGAUCAAUGACCACAACCUCUGCACCCUCAACUGCUGCCGCAUCAAUGUCCACAACCUCUGCACCCUCAACUGCUGCUGAAUCAAUGACCACAACCUCUGCACCCUCAACUGCUGCUGCAUCAAUGUCCACAACCUCUGCACCCUCAACUGCUGCUGAAUCAAUGACCACAACCUCUGCACCCUCAACUGCUGCUGCAUCAAUGACCACAACCUCUGCACCCUCAACUGCUGCUGCAUCAAUGACCACAACCUCUGCACCCUCAACUGCUGCUGCAUCAAUGACCACAACCUCACAACCUCCUCGCCCUCAACUGCUGCUGCAUCAAUGUCCACAACCUCUGCACCCUCAACUGUUGCCUGACCACAACCUCUGCACCCUCGAAUGUUGCCUCAUCAAUGUCCUCAACCUCUGCACCCUCAACUGCUGCCACAUCAAUGUCCACAACCUCUGCACCCUCAACUGCUGCUGA